UUGUAGCAAGGCGUCGAACAAUGAUGGAUGGAAGAACGGCUAUCUUUGGACUUGUAGUGGCUGUAGUAGUAUGUUUCUGCCCUGGUGCCAGGUAAUGUAUGCAUGGAUAUACUGUGUAUAUUUAUACGAGUAUGUUUUGGAUCAUAUAAAAUGUUAAAGAGUGCCCGAGUCGUAUAUAGAUAGAGUUUAUACUGUGAUACCUCAAAAGAUUGCCCUGUGUGAUCCAACAGGAAUGAUUGGAUGAAACAGGCUGUAGUUGCAUGCAAGCUUGAGGUCAACAAAACUUUUGGGUAUAUAUUUAUAAACACUUUAUUAUAAUGAGAUUUUCAGUAACUCUCUUUACAAACGAAGUGUUAAGACUUGUGUUGCAAACAUUGGCAUAAUCUUAUUCAAAUACAAUCAAUUUUGUGUAGUGUCUGCGGGAAGCACACGAAAGAUUAUUCUUUAGAUAAACCAUGCAGAUCUUCAGGCAUCACGGCUCAAAUAUAAUGGCGGGCUUGAGCAAACCAUGUUUUUGUAAACACGGAUGUCACCCGAAAACUGGUAUACUACUAAUUUUGGCGGCAUUUUGCAUCGUAUAGCGUAUAGCGCUCGUGCAAGAAGCAAAAAACUUUAAAAAUCUUAUGUGUUGAAGAUUAUAUACCACAAACCGACAAAACACAAUUUUUAAACACAAUCUGACGUCGGUGUUUACAAAAACGUCCCUUGUUUAAGCUCGCUAAUAGACAGAUUUAGAUCGAGGACGCGGACGUCAAAGACGACGUGAAAAUGGCGUCAAAAUGGCGUGGCAUAUCAUGCAUACAUGGGCACAACACGCCAUUUUCACGUCGUCUUUGACGUCCUCGUCCUCGAUCUAAAUCUGUCUAUUAGUGUUCCAAAAUAAUAAACAGUUAUCUAAACCAGUGUACUUGCAUGACGAACGUAUAUAGGCAUGCAGUUUUAAAUAUUUAAAACAAAUACUAAUAAUAUUUCAAUCGGUGCAAACGUGCAUGUACUACUGUAUAUAAGUAAAAAGUAUCUUACUGGACAAAAUGAGAAAUAUUUUAAUGUUAUUGUGAACGAUAGAUCAGGCUUAAAGCAUCAUCCAAGCGAUAAAAAUCAAUUGAAUGUGUGUUAACUCUUUGAAGCCCACGCAUUAAACUCAGAAUAUUAGCUACACCUGAUGCAAUUAAGUUCAAAACGCCACAAUUGGACUUCUCAUGUCUGAAAUUUACGGUACCGACUCCUCAAACAGCCUGUGUAAGCAGUUGUUAUCACCUUGUUACAAAGUUGAUGACGGUAAAAGACUUGCUACAAGUUGUUCCAACAAGACUAAUGCAGGCUGUCCUUUAUACAAGUCGCUACGAGUUUGUUGUCAUCAACUUGUCAACAACUUGUUACGUGCAGACGAUAUCAGACUUGUUUGAACAACUUGUUGCGAGUCUGUUGGUCUCAACAACCUUGUUACAAGAUGAUACUGUAAUAACUUAUUUCACACUGGUCAAAAACUCAUGGAAAUUAUACUAGCAGUGCGAACACAUCUUGUUGACGAGCAUGCAGUAAGAUGUUUACGCCUGUAUUAUGGCUUUGCUCGAGUCCUAUGACGGAUAUAUAAAGUAAUCAAUCGCUGGUUAUGUACAAGUGAGCAUAUCUACUUUUUUCAUGGGUUGUGCGCUGACUUUUAGUGUAUAAUACGGUUAUAAGAUUCUACCUUAGUGAAUAAAAAAUCAAAUCUCUAUUAAUAUAUACAAGCUGCGUCACUUAAAAUGGCUACCCCUGUCCGUGCGAACUAAAUAAAAAACCGUUUUGAGGUGGGUUAUCUUCAAAUUAUAUGACUGAUAUACCUGAUAGGAUAACGAUAACGAUUGGAUAGCGGAUAGCGAUUGGUUCUUUUGUUUAUCAUGGAAAACUGUGAAGAUAAAAUCGAAAAGUUGUAAAUAUUUAAGUGAGUCACGUCUCGUACCUGUUGCGUGCGGCGACCGUAAAGAUUUUAGAAAAAUUAACAAUGAAGUUUCGUUUGGUUAAAUUUGCAUAAGAAAUUAAAAAGAGUUUGUCUUUCUAUCUAUCUAUCUAUCUAUCUGUCAGAAUAGCCCGGCAAAGCAGGAUAGAUAGAUUUAUUUAAACUUAAAAGCAAGUGUACAAGUUAGUUAAAAGUUAGAUCGACAGCAACCGUAAAAAAAAUUUAGUUCGAUUCAAUUACGUAUUCACAUGCAUUAGCCAUUACAAUGGACCAUUUGCAUUAUAGACUAUAUAAAUUUUGAUCUACACAAAAAUUUCAUCACAGCUUGAAAGAGCAUCACAAAAUUAGUAAUAUUCCAAAGUUUCGUUGCGAAAUGUUGUAAAAUGCGGAUAAUAUAGCCUUGCGAAAUUUGCAAUUUUCAGUCAUUUUAGAUUACAAACGGGAAAUUGAUGCCCCAACACCCGAUUGGACUGUCAAUUUCCCGUGCGUAAUACAAAAUGACUGAAAAACGGCAAACUUCGCAUGGCUAUAUUAUCCGCAUUUUACAACAUUUCGCAACGAAACUUUGGAAUAUUACUAACUUUGGUGAUGCUCUUUCAAGCUGUGAUGAAAUUUUUGUCUAGAUCAAAAUUUAGUCUAUAAUGCAAAUGGUCCAUUAACAAAAUUAUUCUUAAAUCUAUUUGUCUUAAAAUUAGGAAUUUGAAACAUUCUUCUUCCUCGCAGGCAUAUUUCUGAAGAGUUCACUGGAGGCAAUAUGUCAUGUUUGUUCUCAGGAUCGUUGACUAUACGUUUUUAAAACGUUUGUUAGUUAAGACUUAAGUUCUGUAUUCUUGCAGCCAAGGUAGCGGGACCCAAAAACAGAAUGCGUAAUUAUAACCCAAUUUAGAUUCGCUGGUAUACAGUCUUCGAGAGCGCCGGCCUCUAAUUUGUAUUAGGUUCGGAACAUAAUAAGAACGUUUGAAGUAUAAUUGGUUGACGUGCAGACACGCAUCUGGCGAUGUUGCAUUUUCCUUGUGAACUCUGCGCCAAGCUGUCCGAAUAUUAUCAUCAUUUUCUCUCAGAAAUCGCCAUUAUUCGGUCGAUUUCAGGUCACCGUUCAACGCGAGCAUUCCAAAGUUUGUUGCAAACAUGGCAAAUAAAUUUCCGAGUUCAGAAAUUGGGCGUAAAGUUUGCAACGAAGUUCGCAAGUUCAUAAUUACAAAGUUUGAACUUCUAGUGUAACAAUUAUUGACAGUUCAAGUUGAAAUGAACAAUUCAAUAAAAAGUUCUUUGUCCAGUGGUCUAUACCUAUUUCGUUGAAUUGGUUAUUAUUAUAGAGCUAUGAACAAAUGCUUACAAAAAGUUCAAACAGUGAAAUGUACUUGCGAACUUCGUUGCGAAGUUCACGCCCAAUUUUUGAAAACUUGGAAAAGUAAUUGGUAAGUUCGCAACGAACUUGGGAUCCGUGCGUUGAAAAGUCACUUGAAGUCGACAUUAAAACGCAAUGUUUAUUGUAGUUGCAUAUAUACAGGGUGUCCCAAAAAUCUCCAAAACUAUUGAAAAUAACGUAUUGUUAGAAUUUGAAUGCCCUAGCACUAAGCUGAAUGCAAAGAUGCGUAAAAUAUUGACAGGGUGCAUAUAUUAAACAUUGACUUAUUAAGAAAUUAAAAUAUCUUUGUAAAGCGCACGAUUUUCUGCUCUUGGGAAUUUAAAGCAGCUUCUUAAACGGUUUCUUUAUGCAUAAAAUUUACUUACGUCAAGCUUUGAUGCACGUGUGGGUUCAGGCUGAGGCAUUCAAAUUCUAACAACACGCUAUUUCAAUAGUUUGGGUUUUUUUGGGACACCCUAUAUAUAAAAAGAGAAUUUUACAAAAUGACAGUAUAUACAACGUAUCCAUUUCAGAGCGAAGAUAAAUACGACGACGAGUAGUUUGGAUCCGUUUGACAUACUCACCAAGGGCUACAACAAGAAGCUAAGACCGAAUUACAGCGGUGAGUAUAGCCUGCUCCGCAGAUAACUUUGCAUGUGAGGAACUAUAAUAGGUCAAAACUUGCCAAAAGUGUUCUUUAUUAACUUCAUAUUCAAUAUAAAUUUGCAUUGAAAACUCGUAUAAUUUUAUUUCAACCCUUGCACGUUACGUCACAACACGUCACUGGAUCAGUGAUCUCUAUAUAAUAUACAUCUGGAGCAAUGAAGCCAAGAAUCAAGAUGGCGGAAAUUGAAGUCCAAUGGCUAUAAAGGCCGUAAACAGUUUUAAUACCAUUCCCCCUCCUCCCCACCUAAUUCCAGAUUUUUCAAAGAACCGUAUGUCAAAAUACGCACACUCCUUGCCAGCUUCUCGUGUUAACCGCCCAGUUAUCAGUUUACUAAAAAAUUCACUUACAUAACGUUGCUCGUUUUUGUAUAGUUAUACUCCCAAUUCAUUUGAUUAUCACAUACAAUCAGCAUGAAUUCUUCUCAAAAUUUUCCUAAAAACACAACAAAAUUACACUGUGAAAGCAAAUUGGCUAAAAUAACCUUUUUUGCCAUAUAAACAAGCUUGCCUCUGAUGUAUUUAGUACAUUUGCACAUACAGAGCUGUCAAUCUCAUCUGACUUUGGCUGAAUGUUAUGGUUUGCCAGGGAUGGAUUUACUGGGGGUGGGAUGCACCCCCCCUAGCCUUGGCCAGAGGGGGUGCAGGGGGAAGGUGCUAUUUUUCAUGAUAAAGCAAAAAAAAUAUUAGAGACAAAAUGAGAUACAGUAAUUUGAGUAAUAACAUGAUGAUAAGCAAACUGUGAACAACAAUUACAAUUCAAAUACAGUAGUCAAGCAAGACUUUGUAGUAUAGUCACGUAAGUUGAUGGGCGGGCGGCACACAUGACCGACACAACUCGGCACCAAAGCUGGCAGAGCACCCCACCCCCCUACCAGAUCAUGCUGGAUCCAUCCCUGGUGUAUGUAAUGCCAAUAAACUAUACCUGAAAAAUACAAGGAGAAAUUCGAGCGACUAACGUCUCGACAAAGUGCCUUCGCUCGAAACGUCGAAGUUCUCCUUGUAUUUUACAGGUAGUUGUAUCACUACCAUUCCGAAGCUUUCUUAUAUCUAUAAUAAACUUAUUCAUACUUCAAUUACUUGUUUCGUUCCAUAUCAACAGGUCAUGCAGUUAAAGUUCUCGCCAGUUCUUAUAUCGUCGCUUUGGACAAUGUCAAUGAUGUGAAGUCGGUAAGAUCAUGUGAUUAAAUUAUCAUGAAUGAAAAGAUAGUAUUUAUUGGACCUUAUAAGAUGCAAGAUAGCGUAUAGUUAUCAUUGAAAUCAUGACAAACAAUUAUGAAUUAAUCAAGAGAGAAGUAUGUAGAAACAUGAACUGAGAUGAAGGGCCUUCGCUCGAAACGUCUUGUAUUAAUAAUCCAGGAGUAAAUUAGCCAACCUUUAUUUUGCUCACAUGAUAAUACUCGAUACAUAGAUAUAGGAGAUCUAGAUUGCUAACGCAUACCUAGCGCAGGUGGGGCCUACAUGAUAAAUCCAAGAUGGCGGUACAACAGGGCAAAAAGACUAUAAAUUGUAUUACGAAAAUGAGGAUUUUUGCAAUUUUUGCCGUCGCAUUGUUUUGAAACUUAUUCGGUCAAAUUUUAUGGUAAAGAGAAACUUACCGCGAAGAUUUUGAGCAUAUAUAUAAUUGAAUUGGAUGAAAACUCGCAAAAUUAUCCAGCGAUAAAAGUUCGUGUAUAGUAGUGAUAUAGUACUAUAUAUGUAACUUGUACAGUUUUGCUUUAAUUUUUGCUCACUAUUUGCAUAAAAAGCAAAUUAUAACAGACCAUAGAUGAUAGACCCUCAUCCAGUGCUCUCAUCAGUUUACUUCUCUAACAAGCAAGGGGGGGGGGGUACAUAACAGUUCAUUUUUCAUAAUUAUGAGGACAGAGCAGAUGAUGAUGAGAGAUGCAAGUAUAAAACACCAUUCACAAGGCUUGAUGUUAACAUAGCACAGUGUUUCUGGCAAUAAAACGCUCCAACUGACUAUUUCACACGAACUUUUAUCGCUGGAUAAUUUUGCGAUUUUUCAUCCAAUUCAAUCAUAUAUAUGCUCAAAAUCUUCGCGGUAAGUUUCUCUUUACCAUAAAAUUUGACCGAAUAAGUUUCAAAACAAUGCGACGGCAAAAAAUGCAAAAAUCCUGAUUUUCGUAAUAGAAUCUAUAGUCUUUUUGCCCUGUUGUACCGCCAUCUUGGAUUUAUCAUGUAGGCCCCGCCUGCGCUAGGUAUGCGUUAGCAAUCUAGAUCUCCUAUAUCUAUGACUCGAUACAUAUCUUUGCAUGACAAGCGCUGGUCAAAUGUGAUCAUUUCUACGUAUCUUUGCAUGACAAGCGCUGGCCAAAUGUGAUCAUUUCUACAUAUCUUUGCAUGACAAGCGCUGGUCAAAUGUGAUCAUUUCUUUAUGUUUCCUCUCUCGCUAUAUGCAGGAUUUUACAGUAAAGAUGUAUUUCUCGCAAUAUUGGAACGACAGUAGGCUGAUAUUUGGAGACGAGCUGCAAGGUCUGGAACACAAAGGUUAUCUGAGAGUUGUGGGUGAGGACAUGAAAGACAUCUGGACGCCCGACACUUAUGUUGAGAAUGAAGAAAAUAUCGGAGGUCAUAAAAUAUUCUCCAGUGUGAAAAUAACUCGCCAUGGAGAGGUCCACAUGAGCAAGAGGUAACACUAAAAGAUGCAGGGGAACUCGUGUAUAAGACUAGAAUUAGGAGUCCGCCCCCCCUUUUCUUCAGAACUAAUUUUGUCAUUCUUUCAAAACUGAGAAACUGGGGGGGGGGGGCGUAACCGCUUAACUGAUCUUUUCAUAUAUGAAUAAAAUAUACCAAAUCUGUGGUUUUUACAUUAUCAUAAAACGUAUCUGAAAUGCACAAAAUAGAGUUUCGUAGACUCUGAACAUAGAAAAUAUUUUCCGAGGGAACAAUGCCCACGAUGGUCGGACGAUAAGACCGCCCCCCCCCCAAUUUGUUUGGGGCUGGCUACGCGGCUGCCUCCGCCCGCCAAUUAAUGUUAUAGAACACCUUUGAGUGUUAAUUUUGCCUAAAAAUAUUUUAUUGGUUUCAAUGAAAGCAUUAGACUAAUUCUAAUAUCUGACCAAGUUUGAACGAAAAAUGUUGAAAACUCGCAGAGUUAUUUAAUAAAAUACAUUUCGCUGCAAUAAGAAAAACAUUGAAAAUGUAAUAUUCAUAUUCAAUUUUCUCCCGAAACAUGUUACGGUAAUUACUGAUUUUCAAACGAGUUGUGCUCCUGCGGGUUUUAACCAAUUUUUCUCAAAUUUUCACAGGACAUAGCUAAGUACGUUAGUUUCAAAAUGGUGUUCGGCUUUUUUUAAUUUCGGAUAUUUUAAAAAUAAAGAGCAAUUCACUCAAACAAUUCAGAAAUAUAUUGCAGUCGUCAAAGAAAUCGCCAUAUCAGCGGAAUGACGAAAUAAACAAAAAUUUCCGAACACAAUUUUUUAGAACAACUAUUUUACUGUAUAUAAAUGAUAUUUUCAUAAAUAUAACUUAAAACCAGCAGGAGCACAACUCAAAAGCGUAACGGUACCGCGAUUUAAGAUUUUCCUGAAUAAUGCUUACAUUAUUUUAUUGUUUGUUAAUUUUACAACUUUACCAUAUUUUGCAUGCACUGGAGAACAUUUGGUGAAAAUUUGAUGAAAAUCGGACUGAUAUUGAGCGCGCAGUAGCGAUUUUCCGCAAAACGCCAAAAACGGUGUCCUGCAGUAACCUUAAGUUAUGUACCUGCAGACAUAAAUUAUACAAUGGGUUAACUACGCAUUCUGUUCACCCUUCUUGGCAAAGUAAGACAAACUUUUGAUAAGUUCUUGUCCAAUUUUCAAUCAAAUUUAACCAAAAUUUAAUCAAUUUGUCCUUGGGCAAUGUCCAUUUCUCUCACAAAGUUUCGUACUAAUACGUUUGAUAGUUUACGAGUUAUUGUGCUGGCAGACACACACAUCAUAGUACACAAGUCUUGUUCCAGUGCCUCAUAUCCUGAGUGUACAGGAUGUUAUAUACUUUUCGGAGUGAAUAACGUUUACAGUUUAAGCUUAACUUACUUCUCUACUCAUUUCUAUGCAACUCUAUUUGUUUAGAUUAACAAUAAAAGCUAACUGUCCCACAAUGAAUCUCAAGUUAUUCCCGCAUGAUGUGCAGACCUGUGAUUUACUUCAGACAAGUUGUAUGUAUCCAGUAAACUAGCUUUAUUUACACUGAAUGAUAGAUCUUUUAGUUCUAAAAGGUCCAUUCCUUUACUGGUCCACCGCCCAGAGUUACUACACCAGGAAACCUAAACUAAACUAACUUUAUUUAUACUGGAUACUCUAUCAGUUCUAAAUUGUUCUCUCUAGAGGUCCAGUAAGGAUCAUCUCUUAUUAAUCCAGUGUUACUACAGGAGGAAACCUAACCUAAACUAAUUUUAUUUAUACUGGAUAGCUCAAUCAGUUCUAAACUGUUCUUCCUAGAGGUCCAGUAAGGAUCAUCUCUUAUUGAUCAGUGUUACUACAGGAGGAAACCUAAACUAACUUUUGUUUAUACUGGAUAGUUCUAUCAGUUCUAAACUAUUUCCCUAUAGAGGUCCAGUAAGGGUUAUCUCUUAUUGACCCAGUGCUACUACAGCUCCAUCAGUUCUAAACUGUUCUCCCCAGUUCUUUGUUGUUUUAGUGCAGGAGGAAAAAUAAACUAAAUCCUUUUCCUAGAUGCAUUUCCAAACACCGAGCUUACAUAUGCUUGGAAAUCAGAGAACGCUGUGAUAGUAGGAGAGAGUUCAAUAGCAACGCAAUACAUACUGGAUAAAGCCAUCACGAGCAUUGAAGAUGUAUAUUUUAAAUCCACCAGUAAGUAAAACUCUAGCUUGAGUAACAAAGUGGUAAGAGGCCGGCAUAUUCUUCAGCAUGGAAGGCAUUCUGUUGUAGUUUCAUUCAAUAAACAUAGCGAGGGUGAUGUAUUAUUUAAAAUCAUAUAAAUAAGCAUUAUACUAAAUUGCAAAUCGUCUUAAUUUGGUUCUAGAUGCAACCUGGACAUAUCUGAAGUUAAAAUUUGUUCUUCGACGUAAAAUAGCGUACUACAUUAUCAGAAUAUAUCUUCCUGCAAUCCUGGUGACUCUGACGUCAUGGAUUUCAUUCUGGGUGGACCCUACCGCUAUCCCAGGUACGUUAUGUGGCAAACACUGGAGCAAUAAGGGACGACCCAGAUGUCUAGGGAUAGUUUAGAACUGUUAGAGCUAUCCAGUAUAAGUUAUAGGUUAGUUUAGGUUUCUUAAUGUAGUAGUAACUGUAGUCCUGUAGUAACACUGGAUCAAUACGAGAUGAUCCUUACUGGACCUCUAGGAAGAACAAUUUAGAACUGAUAAAAUUAUCCAGUAUAAAUAAAGUUAGUUUAGUUUAGCUUUCCUCCUGUAGUAACACUGGAUCAAUAAGAGAUGAUCCUUACUGGACCUCUAGGAAGAACAGUUUAGAACUGAUAGAGCUAUCCAGUUUAAAUAGAGUUAGUUUAGUUUAUGUUUCCUCCUGUUACACUGGAUCAGUAAGAGAUGAUCCUUACUGGACCUCUAGGAAGAACAGUUUAUAACUGAUAGAACUAUCCAGUGUAAAUAAAGUUAGUUUGGUUUAGUUUUCCUCCUGUAGUAACACUGGAUCAAUAAGAGAUGAUCCUUACUGGACCUCUAGGAAGAACAAUUUAGAACUUAUAGAGCUAUCCAGUGUAAAUAAAGUUAGUUUGGUUUAGGUUUCCUCCUGUAGUAACACUGGAUCAAUAAGAGAUGAUCCUUACUGGACCUCUAGGGAGAACAGUUUAGAAUUGAUCAAUAGAGCUAGAUCCAGUCUAAAUAAAGUUAGUUUAGUUUAGGUUUCCUUCUAUGAUCUUUACUGGACCUUGUUUUAUGUUACUAUAAUGAAUGUAUGUUUGUUUUCCAGCUCGUCUAUCUCUGUGUGUGAUCACAGUGUUGGCAAUGACUACAUUGUCCUAUAGUUCUCAGUCAAUGGUACCAAGUGUUCCCUACGUCAAGGCUGUUGAUGUUUAUCUCAUCAUUUCAUUCUUUUUCGUCUUCGGUUCACUUCUCGAGUAUGCCUGCUUGCUCAAUAUACGACUACGGUGUGUGGGUCAACGUGCACAUAAACAAAAGGUAAGCUCUCAGAAAAUACUUCUACAGGGUUGUCAAGCAUUGGCACAGAAUACAGACACACAGAAGGUCGACUCAGCCAAAAAAUGUAACCACUGGUCCACUGCCAUAUGAAUCAUUGCGAAUCAUGACAUGACCCAUGUCACAGAAUAGGAAGUUAUAGCAGAAGUGUAACUCUAGACGUUUUCCUUAUUGUUUGACGUCCACGAAAAUUUUAACUCGCUCACGCCAAUCCACGCCAUCCUGGCUAGUACAGCCGGAAGUUUUUAUCAGGUUUUGGUAGGUACAAAGUGCCGGUUGUACUAGCCAGGAUGGCGUGAUUGAUGACGAAUCGCUUGUAAAAACGCGGACAAAUACUUGCUUGAGUUACGCUUCUGCUAUACCUUCCUAUUCUGUGCCAUGGUGCUAGCCAGUGUGCUUAUGAGAGGCAUUCACCCCCUGGACGUCUGCCAUUUUGAACAUUUUCAGGGGGGUGAAUGCCACUCAAUAAGUGCACUGGCUAGAAAAAUGGCAUCAGCAUUUCAACGGUUACGCCAAAAUCAUAGACAAAACUAAGAAAUCAGCCUUCUCAUUUCAUUUUAUUUGCCAAUAUAUGGAAAAGUUAAUAUUUACAAUCUUCAAAGUAUACAAUAUGACGGGCUAGGAGCCUUUGUGAAACCCUUUCAGGCUUUUUGUUCAAAGGCCCCUAGUUCUAUAUUAAAAUAACUGUUUUAUACAGUAAGUUAAUCAUGUAAAUGUCAAAAGAAUAUAGGAAUAUUUACAAAUAAAGUAUGGAGUAAGGAAAAAUUUAAGCUAAAAGUAAUAAUGAGCUAAUUGUACAAAAUUCUGUGUCUUGUCAAAAAAAUUGGGAAACCCCAAAUAUUGUUUGUCUGUACAGGUUGGCAAUUUCAGCACUUGUAUGCGGUUGGUCUGCGAUCUAUUGUAACAGUUGUAUGUAAUACUGUAGCUAAUAAUAGCCAUCAUGGCGGUCAGAAAACCAAAAACUUGUCAUAGAAAGUUUGUUGCACAUGCACAGGUGCAAUUGAUAAAAAAAAACUUGCCAUACGAAAACUUGCUCGUCUGUAACUGGCUUUAGGAAGCCAUAAAGUGGCGUAGUUUUUCCAAAUUUGUUCAUCCGUAAAUAAAUUGAAACAUUUGUACCACAGGGGAAGGCAGAAGAGAUUCCGCUGACUAACAAAGAGCAAAAUGACGGAAUUGCUGAGUUGGAGAAUGGCAAGGAAAAGGGAUGUAAUGGCAAGGAAAAUGUACAGGAAUCAAGUGGAAAUGCGGGUUAUUUCUCAACAUGGACACUGGACACUUUUAGUUCUGUUCUAUUUCCUGCUGCUUAUGUUUUCUUUCAUUUCGUCUUCUAUUUAGUUAUAUUAGCUUGAUUCCAAGGAAUUGAUAGUAAGCACAAAAUAAUAUAUAUAAUAUAUAAAUCCUCAAUUGAACAGUGCAAGACAUUAUGCACAAGAGCAGAUUUUCAUUUAUUUAAAAGGAGGGGUAGAAAAAUUUCUGGUUGGGUGCAAGCGGCACCACUCAGUGAGCUUCGACAGGGGUUAGGCAUUUGGGUUAAAGAAUUUCACACAAAAUAGGAGGGAUGAAGCAAAAUUUUGGUGGGGUUGAACACUUUACUACAGGGGUUAGAAAAAUUCUAGGGGGGUUUAACCCCCCCCCCCCUCCCCCCAGUAAAUCCACCCAUAAUUAUGCAAAAUACUGGAGGUGCAAAUUUUGGUUUGAAGUUUAUUCGAAAACAUUUUGCUGCUGGAAAUGUGUUUACAAUCUGAGGCAUUCGAAAUGGUGAAUAAUCACAGUAUUUUGAUGACAGAUUAUUGCAAAUAAUGGCAUGGUUACGCUUUUUUGGUUGAGUCGGCCUUCUGGCCGUAGGAGUAGAAAGGCCCGUUAAAUUUCUGUCACCUUUUAAAAGGAAGAAUAAUAGAAUUAUAUAUUUAGCAAACUGUUAUCAUUGAGGAUUUGUCCGCUUUUUGAAAGCUUUCUAGUAUCGAAUUAUAUAAUUAUCCUAGUUAUUUGUAGCUUUUAAAUACUUACUAGUAAAGAUAUAUAAAGAAAU